GACCUGGUUUGCUAGAACAGAAGAGAUCUUUCCAUGAAGUUGGAAGUGCACAAUUGUCUAACUGAGAGUCUAGCCCAAACCCUGCCAUUAUACCUUGUCCACCAAACAUUAUGCUGUCCCUGGGCACACAUCCCUCUGAGCUGCCCACCUUUGUGGAGUUGUCAUCCGAUCCUUUCAUCAUCCCCAAGCCUGACUUGGAGGGGCGGCAUGGAAUCGGAGAAAGGGCUCCUAACGCUCAGCAGCUCUAUGGACUGUUGCAAUCAACCUUACACGAGGUGGGACUGCCGGAGACACAAGACCGCUGUGGAAACCAGACAAAAUUACGAAACGUGCCAGGAAGUUCAGAUGUGGCUCUUUGUGUGCUGGGAUCUCCACUUCCCUACUGGCCACUGCUUCUGGAAGGCAGCAGAGUGUGCCCAGGUGACAUGUUGCUGUGUUUAUCCCCUGCCUGGCUCUCCAAAGCCCCUUCAGAACUCCACCCCGGCUUAUCUACACUACUGCUGCACAAAGCCAUCACUUUUGAUGUCGGCGGCCGUACCUACUUGGAUGAGUUUGACCCUCCACGCCGAGUCACCUACCUAAUUCCCUGCCCUCCUGUGGAUCCUGAUUUUACCCAUGGCCUGGACUGUCCGAUGGGAGGCUCGUUUGAGCUGAACACAAUUUUAGGGGAUACCCUGUACACUCGAAUUUUGUUGGAAAAGAAUCACCUAGUUGGGCCACCCACACUUGGCCUCAUCUAUAAACCCGUCAGGGCCUAUUCGCCGGAAGGAACGUCUGUUACCGUGGUUGAGAUAACCUCGAAGACUGACCAGACUGAUCUGAUAAAGGAAGAAAUCAAAAGGUUUUUGGCUUCACCAUUGCUGGAGACGUACAGCCAGGUGGUCUUGAAACCCAGCGGGGGCCGGUGGUGCACCUCUCGACGUCCGAUGUGGUUCCUGGAGAGGGGUGACCUGGUGACGAUCCAGAGGGAGGUGUACUCAUUACUGACCCUGCUGGAGGAAGGCGAGAGUGUGCUGUUGGAGGCCCUAUGCCCCACCAUGAGACCAGCCUCAGCUCUUCACACGCAGACCUGGGACGCUUUUGGACGGGUCAGUGUGCCACGGCCUAACCUUGCAUUUAGAAUCUGUGCGAUUGUUACCCGCUCCCCGGAAGGAUUGCCUCUACUAAACCAGCUCAUCUGUAGUGUAGGUCGAGCUGACCAGCCUCUCCACCAUGGCAGUUCACUGCCCCAGACUCUGGAAACAACCCUUCAAGAAUGGGGCAUUGCUGACCCCGUCAUAUGCAACAACAUCCAAAACCAAGUUCGAGACAAGGCUCAAGCCUGCAUGAAGGCCAUCAUGGAAAUGGAGAAGGAAAUGUCACCGGAGCAGCGUGGGGGUCGAGGAGCCCGAAUGGAUCUUAUUGGAGUUGAUUUGGUGCUGUCCUCUUCUGGACAGGUCAUCACCCCCAAUUCUGCUCGGCAUCAAAACAUCACGCUGCUUAGAAAGCUACGGAUUGUUCCUGUCUGGAGGUCUGGACAGCCUGGUUUGGCUGAAGCCUUGUUGCAUACCCCCCUAAACCGCUCCCAACGCUAUAUCAUGGAGGGAAGAAAUGUCCUCGUCAUUGGAGCUGGAGGAGUCAGCAAGAGCUUCAUUUGGGAAUCGGCAAGAGAUUACGGCUUAAAGAUACAUCUUGUUGAAUCCGACCCUGCUCAUUUUGCGGCGGGUCUGGUUUCGACCUUCCUGCACCUGGAUGUGACUGACCACAAGCGAGACCCCGAGCACUGUGUCAAAAUCUGUGAAUCUCUUUCUGAACGUGGCAUAAAGCCCGAUGGCUGCCUGUCUUUCUGGGAUGAUUGCAUCGUGUUGGUAGCAAUGGUUUGUGAGCGUUUAGGUCUGCAUUGCAGCCCGUUGUCUGCUGUCCAGACUGCUAAACAGAAGAGCCAAACCCAUCUUCGGCUGCUGGAGAGGGCCUUCUCUACUAAUGUGCCAUUACCGUCUACAUAUACUCCAAACCUCACCCACCAGUUUCCCAGCUGUCCCGAGUCCACCAUGCAGUCCACUGGGACUUUCUUGUCUUCAUACACCCAGUCCACCUGCUUUGCUUCCAUUCCUAAAGCUUCACAUGCUACAGAUCCUUUCCCUGUUUCCUCUUUCUCUCCUCCAUUUUCUAACCAGUCUCCACUUCAUGCUAUGCUACAAAAAUCUAAUCAGGCUGCAAAUGACCGGUUUUCCACAUCUUCCCAUUUAAAUUGUCCAAGCGCUUAUCAGGAUAGCGUGCACCUGUCUCCCAUCUCUCCUUCAUCUGAAUCUUCAAAUCCCAUCUCACCCCUGACGCGUGGGAAUCCACAAGUUGGUAACACUGAGUCUUUAUUUUGUCACCCCACCGGUAACCCAGAUUCAAAUUCAUCUUUGGGGUCCUUUAUUAAUUCAGCUUAUCACUCUUCUUGGACCCCAUCCCCUCACAUCUAUGCCGUCCCAUGCUACCACCUGGAAUCCCAUGUAGAUAUCGAAAAGGCAUCCAAAAUGAUAAACUUUCCAGCUGUAAUGAAGCUGGAGUUUGGUGCCGGGGCAGUGGGUGUAAAAAGAGUAGACAAUCAGGAGCAAAGCCACACCCACUUUGAGAAAAUAUCCAAUGAUCUUCGGGAAGAAACCGAUUAUCCGGGCAUUGGUCUUGGCUGGGGUAAUGCCAUGACCAUGAUGGAGUAUCUGUCUGGCACGGAGCACGAUGUAGACUUGGUGGUCUACAAUGGCCAAAUGAUUGCCUCCUUUGUUUCCGACAACGGUCCAACUCGAGUGCCAUAUUUUACCGAAACGGCAGCUGCCAUGCCCAGCUACUUGCGCCCCGACAAGAAAGCUCAGCUUGUUGAAGCAGCUCUUCGCUGCUGUCUGGGUUGCGGAUUAACAUAUGGGGUGUUUAACGUUGAAAUGAAGAUGACCCCCACUGGGCCCAGGUUGAUUGAGAUCAAUGCCAGGAUGGGUGGCUUUUACCUUCGAGAUUGGAUCCGGGCUAUCUAUGGAGUCGAUAUUCUGUUUUCCGCCUUCAUGGUAGCUUGUGGAGUACGGCCUAGGUUGCACCAAGCUUCCCCUCCGCUGUGCCAUCUUAUCGGCGUGAUGUGCGUUGUCUCCCAGCAUCUCAGAGCUCUUAAAACCACCGCCAGCUCUGAAGUUCUUCGUCUGCUGCAUGCCAGGGGGAUAAUAAGGCUGAAUCAGUUGGACGAUGAGCUGAUUGCCAGCGAAUACGAGGAGCCCUACUGCAAUGUGGCCUGUCAGAGCCAAGACAGGGACACGGCUCGGCUACAGCUACUAAGCAUCUGUCAAAUACUUGGAAUUGAUUCCCCUGAUUACCCCGUCUCUUAUUUCGUAUCUGACUUCAAAUAGCAUUUAGGGAACGGUUUCGUUUCUUAUGUUUAUAGACUUAGAGCUUGUUGUAGAAAAGCCUGUUUGGUCGAUCACCUAGGAUACACAUCCAGAUUUUGGCUUUUUCCUGUUGCAUUACUAAUAAUAAGAGGGAAACUGAUAUGAUAUAUCAGUCAGAUGAUAACGUGAUGACCUCAGCAAGUCAUCAUUUAAGACCUGAGAACAUCUCCUCGAGAGCGUUUUUCAUCCAACUGCCGUCCGCAAAAAAACAGGAAUAUGUAGUCAUCAAUCCUAGGUUUAGAUAAGGUGAAGUGUUCCAGAUGAGUGGGAGGCAACAUGAGGCACGUCGCUUUACUUGGCAGAACUGUUUGCCCGCUCUUCGUCUUCAUGGGUUCCUCAUACAUGCCAGUUAUGAAGAAUUGUCCCUAUGGCCAAACAAGACAAAAACUCACAUUUCAAUUGAUAAACCGAAUGCACUGUCCAUAAAUUAUAUAAAGUUUGUUUCUGCCAGAGUGGUAGAGGAAUCAUCCGAAAAACUGUCUUCAUCAUUUGCUUCUUUUCAGUAAUGGCUACUAAGCUGAUGUGUUUAGUGCACUUUACGUGAAUCAAGGCUUGUUUUGAAAUUGUGACUGUCAUUCUGUUAUAGAUAAAUGUAAAGAAAUUAAUAUAACCCCCCCCCCAAAAGCAUUUUCUUUGUAUUAAUAAAAUAGAAGUUGAAUAUGCAGUCAAUAUUUAAUCCAAAAUUAAAAAUAUCUGACCUUGCAAACCACCAGUUAUAUCAAUGACUUUUAAAACUGAUGUAUGUUAUGCUUGUACGUUACGUGUAGGAGCUGAUUUCCUCUUGUUUACUUGGAAAUGCUUUGUUGAAAUCACUGAAUCUCACAGUUCAAGGAAACUGGGUGGCGGUGGCACACUCUCCAGUAUCACCGGCCCACUCAUUAUCAUCAUAGUUGGACCACCUUAACCCCUCAGUGUUCAGAGCAAACGUGCCUUUAGAAACAUAAACCAAUCUCACUUUGUGUAUGAGUCAGAAGGAGAAGGGUUGGAGGUCCCCCUCAGGGUCCGGAGCACACGCACCUCCCGAAACACAGCAGAUAUUAUUAUUACACUUCUACAACCCAAAGUGUGGGGCGUUCAUUUAUAAACGUGAAGAGGUGAAUGCUCUACACACCAUUUUUUGUCUGUCUUCAAAACUCUUUUGGAAAAACUUCCGAGAACACGUAGAAAUGGGACUGUACUGACUGGCAAGGUUUCGCCUCAGAAAUGUUAUUAACUCUGUCACCAGAUAUAACGAAAGUCGCAUAAACAGUGACAUAAAAAUUUGUUAUGGGGUGCUAAAUCUCCAGAAAAUUCAAGCAUUCAAAAACAGGUCGUAUUCAAGUCGCAUAUAUCUGCACUGGAUGUAGUUCUGCAUGCAAAAGUGGUGUAAACCUGAUCUAAACAAUCGGGACGUUUUUGCUGUUCACACUUCUCUGCAAAAUUCUGAUGUUAUAUACAAUAGAAGAAAUUGGAAUUAAGCUGUAAAAGCAGCCACCGGUCAUAUUUACCUAACUAGGUCUUGGUACCCGAGUUGGAAUUGGUGACGAAAUCCAAUCCGCCGUCUGUAAUGAUUACAUGUGACCUGCUGCUGCCUUCACAUGCUAUCGCACUGACGGUAGGACAUGACACACAUGAACGAACGCUCUAUGAACUCGGAGCUAUUCAAAGAAAACAAUCAAUUUUUUGAGUUGUAACGUAACAUCGGUCUUUCACGUUAGUCAACUGUAUAAAAAAAUAGUUUCUUCAACGAUGGGUCGCGUCAUGUGUGUUGCCACCUUUCGGCUCAUGCAGGGGUCGUGACUCACUGUUGUAUUCCGUGGAAAAGGAUCUAGUAUGGUUGGUGAAGUGUCUCGCGAUGGGUCUCCACGGGCAGUUUAAACAAUCGACAUUGCUCCGCUGACAACGUAAUUGGUGGUGAUUCUCCAAGGGGGGCUUAUCUCCCCCAAUCUGAAUACAAGAUUGGGUCGUAAGAAAAAAACAUUUAAGAAGAGAUGGUAUAAAAUAAAAAAAUGCAACCUGGUUAGGCAGAAAUGACAAUUUUGUGGUCAAGUUGAUUGGAGCAAAUUGAUAUACACUUGACACAUUUAGUUCCUCUUUAUUGUCACGGAAAAUAUACAGUUUAUCAUUAAUUACUUUGGUUUUUCGCAUUUCUCCGACUGGAAAUUCACACUGAAAUGGGAAGGUGAAAUGUCACAACUCAGAGCUCUGAAUAUCCAGAUAGCACGUGAACUCACACAUGCUUCUGUGGAAUAUAUGCGCUACACCUGAGUGGUGAUCCACCAUAACUGAUCGUCUAUGGGGGUGAACGAAAGCUUUAGAUUCGUCAAAAAUUUCGAUCUCCGGUUUUCGACAGAUUUAGGGCUCCCUGAUACCGAAAACAUCGAUAUCUCGACGAUGGGUGUGUGUAUGUGUGUCUGUGUGUCACCGUUUCUUGAGCAUGGUCUAGAGCUAAAACAGCUGGAUGGAAAGAAACAAACUUGAAACUUAAGCCAGUUAUGAGAUGACAAUAUGCUGAUUAGUUUUUGAGCCAAAUCGAGCAAGAGGAAGAAAGAGGCCCCCUAGAGGAACCCUUAAAUACCGUAAUUCUGCAAUUAAUUAUGAGUUCUUCUCAUCAGUUGCUAUCAUAAUAACCUAUUUUAUGAUCAGAAAGAUCAGCAUCAGUGCGGUAAAUAACUACUGAAAUGUUACCGAAUAGUUCAGGUAACUUGGUUCUUAGGGUGCAAAGCCUACUGAGGCUCACGUCCAAAUUAUUCAAUUGAUACUCCAAAACUGUUCUACAUUUUAGCAGUAGAGCUUGUUUCCUAAAUAUCAUUUGUUUUAUCCCUACAUCAGAGACCAUUCGCUGGUUUAACAUGUCCCAGGUGGAUAUAAUCAAGACACGUCCUCGAGUGAAAAUCCAAUCUGACUGUCUAAACCCAAAUCAGAUAUGGGUGAUUGGAAUUUAGUACCACAAACAAAAAUGUCCCGUAUCUGUUCUCAAAAAAUUGGAUUCCACAUAUGUUUAUACACAAAAUCCGAUCUGUGUUAGAUAUAUAGAAAAAUCGGAAUCAGGUCACAUCAGACUGGUAGUGUAAUGAUGGACUCUUCGACUGUCUAAAGAUUUAGUGAUAUUUAUAAACAAUAACAAUAAAUGAAGCAAUAGUAGCCUGAAAUAAUUAUCUGUUUCUGCCUUACUCUUGCAUUUAGACUCCAUAAAUGUCAAUUAAUCAGCUGUACUUAUGUUAUACAGUGCUCUUCACAGUGAGCACCAUCACAAGAUUCUUAACAAAGCAAACUAAAGUCCAUGCUUACGGCUUAAAUUUAUCUUUAUUACGUCACCACCUGUAUUACAUCUUAUAUCUGGUCGUAAAAAUCAUUCCCAAAAACCUCGUUUGGAAAGUCUAGUUCAAAAAAUCAGAAAUUGCACAUAAAAAAUGGGCAUAGAUAUGGAAGAAGAAGAAGAAGAUAGUUUGAAUGCUGCAUACAUAUACAAAAGGUUUUGUGAUAAAUCAUCCUGGGGCUGGCGGUGCGUUACCACCCCUUGAAGGAUUUUACGCCGAUGCGAAUAGUGUUUCACAGCCUUGCACUUUUUAUAAACAAAAACAUCCCAAGACAUACCACUGUUCUACUAACCGCAAACACAUUAUAUCUCAUACGCUUGCUAAACUUUCCAAAGGGGUGGGGGCUACCGGAAAAGUUAAUAAAAGAAGCAGCUCUGAGAUCAGCACUUGGUGAGGACUUUGGGUGGCAUCUUCUAGCUGUUUCAUCCCUUUGCCCACCCCUCUAUGUAUCAGAGGCAACUCGUAUGCCCACUAUCCACUACUGUCCAUCGCUGGCAACCACACACCCAGGCUGAUGGACUCUAGCAGACGUGUCUGAAGUGCUCUGUCUGCAACACAGUGAUCGUGGAGCUGCCUUUAUGACAGCUUCUCUGGGUAGUCCUGUCCUCCUCAGUCAGGUCUCAACCACCUGCAGAGUUUGUCCCCAUCAGGGUCACCCCUAAGUGCACUACAUUAUUAUUUCCAUGGUACACCUGAGUAGCUCUUAUGACGCACCAGUGAAAGACAUUGGUCUUCAUUAAAUGUAUUUUCGGUCAUUUUAGUGUGGCUGGAGAUACUUACAUAAGUGAUGUAAAAAACAUUAGUUUGGACAAAAGUGUUUUGUUUCACAAAUGAAAACAUAACAGUGGGGACAUUGCCUUUGACACUGGCAAUGACUCGAAAAAGCAGGCAGCACUUUAUUGGCUCGCCAACAUUUUCCCACUUCCACAAAUAAGGUUUGUCUGAUGUACGAGGGCCAGGGUUUGUUACUGGUUGGUUUGUCAUUUGCUGGUUUUAGGCACAUUCAAGGGUUUGUCAUUUGUGUACAUCUCUAUAGGACUUCUCAAAAAGUGGGUGACAGCUAGACUAAAAUGCGCAUAUUAUGCUUAGUUAAAAUAUGAUCAUAUAAUAUACAGUAUAUGAAGAGCAACACCUAAACAACUUAUUCUUGUUCAUUUAUUAUACAUAAAUCACAUAGAUCAAUAGUUUUUAAAUGAGCUAUUUCAAUGAUAUGAAGUAAAUUAGAUCGACUGUAUUGACGAUAUCUCUAAAGCUGCUGUUAGUACUGCAAAAAAGACCGUUGAUUACACAAUGUAAUAAAUAUUUAAGUCAUAGAGGCUUCCUCUCAAGAAAUAGCACGAGUAGAUAUUAGUAAAUCAGAAGACGGCCAAGUGGUCUCGAUAGAUUAGAUGCUUCCAGAUGUAUGCUUGUCGAGAUUCUUGAACAUCGUUCAUUAAUAGCGCACUGCACUCAUUCAGAUGGAGAAAAUUUCAACUGCAGUGUGUAAUCCGCAGUCUUACACUGAUUUUGCUACUAGAUUAGAUCAUUAAACAAAUGUACCUUCUGCACUGUGUUUGUACGUAUUUAUGCAUUCUUGUUUAUGAAAUGUCCCGUUGGAAUACAUUUUACACUAGAGAUCUGUUAGGUUCUUUAAUUUUCCACUUGUGUCCCUGUUCUUUCUGUAUGUAUUGUCGCUCUGGUGUCCUCACCUUCUUCAGCUCAUUUCUCUCACACAGUAGAAGGCAGUAUAGACACCUCUGUAUUCAUUAUCUUCAUUAAUAUUAACUAAAAUAUUUGGUAAAGACACUGUAAAAUAUGUGAAGCUUGUCUAACAAAAAAAAAUCAGUACCAAUUUCCAAUAAUUUUUUUUUAGUUGGCUCAACUCUGUUUAUUUAGUUAUACUUACUGAAAGUCGGUUGUUAGCACUAAAAGAAAUAUUUAGUUGAGCUAACGUUGGAUAGUUUGUUGUAUUAUGAAGUGUAACUAAUAGUGAACAAAAUACUUUGAGUUGUUCUAACAUUUGUAUUUUUCUAUCAAACUAAAAAAAAUCAAUGUAUUCAAUUCUUAAAUUGUUGCUCCCUGAACAUUUUUUUUAAGCUGAGCUAACAAAAAUGCCAUUGGAAAUGAAUAGCCACCUCAAACUGUCCUGACGAUAUUCUUCAAAAAUUGCCUUUAGUUCACUCUGUAAGCUCCAUGGCAGUGCUCUACCUGACCUUUCACUGAGCUCCUUAACCGCCAUUACAGGAAAUCUUAGGCUCUUCUCAUUUUCCCUCAUAAAUAAUCUUAUUUUAUCUUUCCAGACUCCACAAAUAAUGUUGCUUUACCCUUAGCCUGUCAUUUGAUUAAAGCAUAACUAUGUAUUUUAUCUGAAAAUGCAUAAAAUAAAUUGUUUUCUCUUA